AUGUCAUUCACUCAGAUACCGAUCAUUGAUCUAGAGGAUGCAUUUGACGCACAAAAGAGAAAGGUCUUUUUGGAAAAAGUUCGAAAUGCUCUGAUAAAUGUCGGAUUCCUUCUCAUUACAAAUUUCGAACGAGUUGGCCCAUCUCAGCGAGACUUCGAAGAUAUAAAAUCACAGGCGAUUGAGUUCUUUUCUCUUCCGGAUAGCAUUAAAAAGAAAUGCGAAAUGAUAAAUUCGCCUCAUUUUUUGGGCUACACGAGGCUGGCAAAUGAGAUAACGGGCGGCAAGAUUGAUUGGAGAGAACAAAUCGAUCUUGCAACGGAAUUAUUCCCACCUGGCAAGAAUGAGCCAUUGUACAAACAAAUUGAGGGCCCAAAUCUUUGGCCAGACGAGAAUAGCAUACCAAAUUUUCGUCCAGUCGUUACCUCUUAUAUUGAAAAAAUGACCCUGCUAAGUAAAUCCUUCAGGGGAAUAGUAUGCGAAGCCAUCGGAUUAAGUCCCAACGAUCUUGACAGCUACUUUAAGGAAAACCAGCAAUGUAAGAUGAAACUGAUUUCAUAUCCGGAAGAAGGAUACAGUGAGAAAUCAAGUCCAGAGCAUAUUAAAAAAGAACAAGGGCAGGGCGUGGGGGCACACAGGGACUCUGACUUUUUUACAUUCAUCUACCAAGCUUCAGAGCAUAAGGACUGUCUACAAGUUCAAAAUUUCAAAGGGGAAUGGAUUCCUAUCGACAAUGUUCCAGGCUCUCUAGUCGUUGCCGUUGGACAGACCCUUGAAGCAAUUACAGAUGGGGUAUGUAAGGCAACUAUUCAUAAAGUGGUGAGCCCCUCUGCUGGGCGCGGUACAAGGCUGUCGAUCCCAUUCUUUCAAACAAUAGAUUUAGAUUCUCGCAAGAGUGCUGUGUCGUCAAUACCAGAAGAUAUUAUGCGAAUGAGGGAUGAAAGAGAUAAACUCAUCACAAAGUGGGGUUCAGAUACCGGGUUUCAGUUUAAGCCAGAUCUUUCUAAUCAUCCAGUCGGCUAUACUGUUUUUCGGAACAGGAUCAAGUCACAUCAAGAUGUUGCAGCUAAAUGGUACCCUGAAAUACUGGAGCAAGUACUGCAUGGGAACUAA